CAUAAGUACUGCCCACCCUGAAUACUGGUCUACAAACCUAAUCAAAACCCAACCUGAUGACCAGUUCAACCAUGGCGUCGCGAUUCCGAGGCGACGGAAAGGCCUCGCUAUCAUGCACCCGCUGCAUCAAUCGCAAGCAAACGUGCGACCGAGUCCUUCCAACUUGUUCGCGAUGCGCGUCCCUCAUGCAACUAUCAGCAGCCGACAGAGCCAUCAGCUUCGUUAGUUCAACUAGACAACUCGCGUCCGCCGUCCACGAAGCCUUUCCUCAAGUUAGGCUGCUGCGGCUGGGGAUUUGACGGAGCAUGGCCAAUCUGAACUAAUGCAGGCCAUGCUUACAUAUAAUUCCAAUGACAUCGAUGCAAGGGCUCGGCUAGAAGAUCGCGUUGGAGAAGUCUUUCGAUCGCGGUUGCAUUGUCCUGGAGCUCCUCAAAGA